CGUGAGCGGCCGUAUCGUGCCGUCCAGAGCCGGGCCACGCUGUGCUACGCCGUGCUAUUAGAAACGGGAUACGCGCCUGGAACGAAAGACCCACUUGAAAGAACAGGAUUUAUCAUCGAAACCCACCCUCAGAACUGGUCUCUAAACUCAAGCAUAACCAUCAGACUAAAGAAGACCCAGCUCGGGAUAAAUACAGGAAAGCCUUGAAAAAAUAAAGAAGCAUGUCACAAAAUACAAAUAACCAGCCUUUGCAGCUUAAACCAGAGCUGCCAAAGGCAAGUGACAUGCACGCUCGGCCUGUUCCAAGGACUCCGGGAACUACAGAUGAGCGCAGGAAACAGCUGGAGGAGUGGUUGGCAGCCAAAGGCAGGGUAUACAAGCGGCCGCCAAUGAGGUUGCUUCAGAAGCAGGCGGUGAUACCAUCCUGCAGAAAGGGCAAGCCAACAGAGAAACAAGAGCAGCACUUCCGAGCCCAGGCAAACAGCAUAUUAACUGAGUGCCUGCAGCUCAUUGAGGAGCCAGUUGAAGAUCUCCGAGAAACUGCUCUCACUAUUUUGAAGGAUGCAGGCCAGAAACUGGAAGGAGCAAAGGAAGAAGAAGCCCCUCCUCGGGCGCCUAUCACACCUUGUCCCGCUGAGAGGCGUCCUUUAGCAUCAACUCCGGGCCUGGUGGGGAGGCACAUGACCUCCCUCCCUCCCUCAGUCAAGUUACUGGUUACAUCAGCAACCAGAGGAAGGGAAUUGCCUGAACACGGAGAAUUUAAAUUUCUAACUCCUGUGCGGCGUUCCCUGAGGAUUGAGAGGGCUCGGAGUGUCUAUCCAGGGAUGCUAAAGGACCAUGACCCUGUGGUUUCAGCCCUCAGUGAGAUCGUGGCUGCCGAGGAGGAGACACGCUUCUUCUUCCGGAGGAACAAGGCUUUGCCUGAAGUGACAGAGCUGGAGGGCUUGAGUUCUUAUCCACCUAAGAGCCCCCGAGGGUUGGCAACUAAAUAAAAAUCAAGUUUUUAAAUUUUCUUUGCACAUGUUUUUAA